GGGUUGUUGGUUUUCUUUGAAGGCGCGAAAGGCAGGGAAAUCCGUAGAACACAGACGCGUGGAAAAUAAAACCUUUUAGUUACUUCGUGAAGAUGAGGUGAGACCAGAGAGAGAGAGCUCAGAUCGUUGAAUGGUGUUCGUUUUAAGGAAUUGAGAAUGAACAGAAAGGGACUCGCCAUACUGUUGAGAACCAGAAUGAGAUCGCCUUCUUCCAAUCCCUCCAAGCUCCCCCUCUUGCCUUCUAUGAAUGAUUUUAAUCGAGUGUCACCAAGCUCCGAAGGCAGCCAAGGGGAUGGACAAAUUCCGCGACGCACUGCAGAGGAAGGAAACGAAAGAGCUUCUCCGAAAUUUGAUGCAUUGUGCAACACUGAGAGAGACUUUGAGCUUGUGCGAGAGUCGAUGCAUUCGGCCAUAUCAAUGAACAAAACAGAAGUUCUAGAUGCUGUACUAUGCAAUUUCACGGAGGGUUAUUUCACACUCUUUCCUGAAAGUCGUCGGAGAUUAUUACUUGUACUUGCUCGAGAUUAUGAUCUCAAUAGAAUGCAAGUUUAUGAACUGCUAAAGCAAUAUCUUGGACUUGAGCUUCCUAGUGACGAAGCUCGGCCAACUGGUUACGAAGAGGAAGGCUUGCUUUCUGCUUUCUAUAGAACUGAAAGAAAUUUGAGACAUGCUCUAAAACCUAUGUAUGAAGUACUGUUUGAACGACUCAACACACACCCAGGAGGGUUGAAGUUCUUGACCAUUCUCCGAGCUGACAUUCUAUCUAUUCUCGCGGAGGAAAAUAUUGCAUCUUUAAGAGCUCUAGAUUCUUAUUUGAAAGAGAAGCUUAUUACAUGGCUUAGCCCUGCUGCAUUAGAGCUUCACCAGAUCACUUGGGAUGAUCCUGCUUCUUUUCUGGAGAAAAUUGUGGCAUAUGAGGCUGUGCAUCCAAUUAGCAGUCUAAUAGAUCUUAAGAGAAGGUUGGGAGUUGGUCGCCGUUGUUUUGGAUACUUGCAUCCUGCAAUACCUGGUGAACCGCUUAUUUUUAUUGAAGUUGCACUUUUGAAGAAUGUUGCUCAGACAAUACAGGAGGUUCUGUGGGAUGAUCCUCCCAUUCCUGAAUGUGAAGCAACAUGCGCAUUGUUUUACUCUAUAUCAUCAACUCAGCGUGGCUUAGCAGGAAUCAACCUAGGAAAAUUUCUUAUAAAGCGUGUCAUUGAACUUGUGAAAAGAGAUAUCCCACAUAUUUAUAAAUUUGCAACACUUAGCCCAAUCCCGGGGUUCAUGCAAUGGCUCCUGUCCAAAUUAGCAUCUCAUUCAAAGCUUGCUGAAGCAGAGACUCUGAAUGUUGCCCAUUCAUCAGCAGAUGGAUUUGGUUCCACAUUCCAGGAGAAUAUACUUCAGCCAGAAGAAGAAAGGGCACUUUUGGACUCAUCUGUGGAAUCUGUUGCUGGGAAAAAUGGAAUGGAAGUGAUGUGGAACCUGCUGACAUCAACAAACUAUGAGUGGACUAAUUCAGAUGGACUAUUGCCAGUGUUAAAGACUCCUUUAAUGCGACUUUGUGCUAGAUACCUCCUGCAAGAGAAAAAGAGAGGAAAAGCUCUAGAUUCUGUUGCUAAUUUUCACUUGCAGAAUGGUGCGAUGAUUGAAAGACUGAACUGGAUGGCAGAUCGAUCAGAAAAGGGCCUUCUUCAAAGUGGAGGUAUCAUGGUAAAUUAUGUUUACAGGCUGGAGAAUAUCGAAGAAAAUGCUCAGUCAUAUUUCAGCACAGGGUAUAUCCAUGCUUCAAGUGACCUCAUCACUAUAUCGAGCUUGUGAAGAAAAAUGAAGCAAUGGAAGUUUAGUUGCUAUGGGCGGAAAGGGAUUUUCUCAAUUUAUGGAUGAUGUGUUACUAUUCUACGAGAAAAGAGAACCAUGUACAAGAAAAUUAUUUUAAAAUAUUUGUACUCCAGAUAAUGGUGCUAUUUUAGCCGGUAGAAAAUGGACCAAAAGCUUAUAUGGCCCAAAGAAAUUGCUUCAUCAUUUUUUUUUUUCAUAAAAAAAGUGAUGGACUGGUGACCUGACUGUAUCAUUUUGUUUUGACUAGGACUUGACACCCAUUUGCACCCAUUUUUUAUUUUCUGUUGAGUUUCGUAGUUGAACAUCUUGUUCUAUAGAAUCUAUACAAAUAUACAAAUAUCAAUGGAAUACAUUUUGUACUUUCCUAAAGCAAA